AUUUUUUUAAGUAUUUUUGUGUCAGCAUGACAGCUUUUGCUUGCAGAGGUUGAAGCUAACACAACAAAUAUACCUCUCUAUUGCAUUGCCUUCCUAAGUCAAGUCUUUCUUCUAUUCAUAGAAAAAUGGUACUUGUUCUUCUCAAGUUAAUUUUCUGGGUCGUCAAUACAAUCUUGAAUCUCAUUUCUUACAUAAUCUUCAGCACCACUGCUCACCUCCUUGUGUUAAUCAUCCAUGGACUGAAAGUACAAGGGGAAGCAAUCCAAAACGGAUUCGAUCAAAUCGCGGAGAUUGUCAAGUCAUGUUUCGAGUAUUUCUUGGAGAUAAUGGUGGAUUUAGUGAGCUCUGUAGUCUCUGCUGCUUUUGAUGUUGUCGGAGGAUCCAUCACAGGGGGUGCUGCUAUCACCGGCGCUGCGAUCGUAGGCCUGGUGGAGAAGACGAGGACUUCAUUUGAAGGAUUGCUGGAGUACGUUCCGGAGAUCAUUGAUGGCGUAUCGGAGAUGAUAUCAACUUUUGUGGAAGAUUUGUGGAACAAUUACAGAGAUGCUGUAGCAUAUUUCACAGAAAACGCUUGAACAUAUAUAUAUGUGUGUGUGUGUAUAUAUAUACAUGUGUGUAUAUAUAUAUAUGUAUAUAUAUUCAGUGAGCUUAUGUAAUUCCAUGGUUGUAUCAUAUCUUUGAGUCAUAAAAUUUGAACUGUUAGUCUGUCCAGAUAGUCUGUCAAAGCUACGAUGGAGAAAGGAGAUCAAGAAAAGCACUAGAUGGAAUUAGCAAAUUCAAAAGAUGUACUUUCUUUAGUAUUUGCAUAAAUGUAUUGAAAAUUUGUUUCUUCCUUCAAUGGUUUAAUUGGUAGGGAAAAUGUGUUGGCAA